GGUCAACGCCUCCUCUGAGAUUCUGCUGGAGUAGGUACGACAGGUCCCGGGUGCAGGAUAUAUGAUCACUAAACUGGGACUCGUUGACUUUCCCACUGUGCUCCGUGAUGUUCCAUCAAACCAAAGCGCUGGUUACGGCCAGGUGGCUCUCCGAAGCCAUCAAAACACGCACAGGAUCCAGCGUCCGAGUUCUGGAUGCCUCAUGGCAUCUACCAAAACUACAGCGAAUUGCCAAGAGCGAUUUUAAAAAGAGACACAUACCCGGUGCCUUGUUUUUUGACAUCGACCGAUGUAGCGACAUAAGUUCUCCGAUGGAUCAUAUGCUCCCUACAGAGAAAGUUUUCGCGGAAUAUGUCGGGAAUCUGGGCAUCGCCAACGACUCGCACGUCGUGGUGUACGAUGCGAGCGAGUGCGGAGCGUUUUCCUCGCCGCGCGUCUGGUGGAUGUUCCGGGUCUUCGGGCACAGUUCAGUGUAUGUCCUCAACGGUGGUCUAAAGCACUGGAUUAGUGAGGGAUACCCGCUAACAGAUAAAUACAAGAGGCCAGAACCGACGGAGUUCAAAGCCACUCUGAAUCGUUCGUGGGUCAAAACGUUCGAAGACAUUUUGAACAACACUGACACUAAGACGUUUCAGCUGGUAGAUGCGCGGCCUUUAGGUAGAUUCCGAGGAACUGACCCAGAACCGAGAGACAAUACUGAACCUGGCCACAUUCCUGGUUCCACCAAUAUACCCUUCACAUCUUUCCUGGCUCCGUCUGGGCUGCUGCUUCCACCAGACGAGCUGAGGGCACUGUUCCAGCAGGCCGGGGUGGAUUUGCAACAACCACUGUGCGUGACGUGCGGUUCGGCAGUCACAGCAUGCAACGUUGCCCUGGCCGCCUAUGAGUGUGGCCAGCCAGAUGUGUCUGUGUAUGACGGGGGGUGGUCUGAGUGGUACACGCGUGCAGUACCUGAACUUGUGCUGUCUGAGGGGCGAGGGAAACACCGGUAACGGAUGGUGAAACUGGUUGCGUGGACAGAUGUUUAAUGGCUCAAUCAUGGAGUGAAGGUAGAGCUUUGCAGUCAGGAAGUGGUGCAUUUCUUUUAACAUGAACUUCUCCUUUGAGCAUUUAGGUGGUCUGAUUUUAAAAUAACUAAGAACUAUUGACAUCUUUUUGCAUAAGACAAUUGACAGUCUAACGUAACCAUUUGUGUAAUGCAGUCGUUAGACAAAUAAAUGGCGAUUUUAGAUAGAGCAGUGGCGCUCUCUUCAGUCAGCCCGCUGCUUGUGUAAACUUUGACUUUAAACAAGAGAAUGAGAUCAGAGUGCUUCAGGUCUUUUAAUCUUUUAUCUGUCACUCCCUUUGUCUCUGUCUCGUCGUUUGAUUCUUUUAUCUACUUGGUCUGUGGUUGUCAUUUAAAUUUUUUUUUAUUUGAUUAAGAUAUAGUUUAGCUAUGUUUAAAAUUGCAUUCCUAUUUUUUUAACAUUUGUUAACCAAUGAAGUUCUGAAACUGUGGAAUUGACAAAUUAAAUGAUAUGGAAAAAAAGCUGUAGUUCUAUAGCAGAUAUGGCUUACAUGAAACUAAAAAUAAUUAAUUAGACAUUGCCUGAAGUGGAUUAAUUCAAUAGUACCCUCUGAUAAAAUAUGAUAGUGAUAGUAUCUAAUCUAAUGAAAGUAUCAUUACAAUGUUGUAAUUGUUUUGGUUUUUUUUACUUUGUUAACUAAAACAAUAAUACAUCCUACUACAAAAACAAAACACUGGCAUUCUGAGAUUUCUCCAGCAUUUUUUUGUCUGCUACAUUUCAGACCAAAAGUUUCCCUGGGCAUCAUUGUACCUCACCCAUUCUGAACACUUCAGUCUGGGGUUAUUGAUAUGAAGUGAAUGUGCAUUAAACCACACAGUAUGGCUGUUUUUAUUGUCAAAUGAAAGCUAUUAUGAAGCUGUAUCCUGAAUUCUUACUGAGUGUACAGCAGUUGCCAAGGCAGAAGCUACCUCCAUAGCCUUGGAGUGAGUAGGUGAUCAUGGAGUUUGGCAUGUUAUCUUAAGACUCAGGAGAAUUGUUCUUAUGUACUGGCUUUAAGAGAUACCAAUCACUGUAAUGGUUGUGCCCUCCUAACACAUAUGUAUACCUGUAAUGUCUAUCUUUCCAUGUGUUUAAUUCAAUCUUGGUGAAGAUUUUCAAAUGUGAGUUAACUGUUUCUUUUAUGAAUAAACUUUGUUGGUGAUCCCAGACAUGUUACAUGAAGGAAAUAAAUUAUAAGGGAAAAUAAAAAUAAAUAAAGCAUUAUUAAAAACAAAGAUGCUAGUUAGACAGAAUAACUGAGGUUCAAAUGUAUUUGUUAUACAGGGGCAGAAGUUCAUAUUGAUAGAAUCAAGAUAGAAUCAGUCAGAUUUCAUUUAA